AAUUAAAUCAUUAGUCUUGAAGUUGCAGUCGUGCUGGUUGGAUCGUUCUAAUAGAAUAGAAAUGAGUUUUUGAAUUUUCGGAAGUGUCUGAAUGUUCGCUUGGUUUGAGUUAAUUUAAGGUGUAGCUCAUUUGGGACAUUGACUAGUGCUGGUUCAAACCAUCAAGUGACAGUGCUAUUGUUAGCGUGAAACAAUGGUGCAUCAGCAGUUGAAGCGCCAAAACUCGGGUCUUCCCAGGAUGGAGUCCAUUUCGCGCUUCGGAAGCAUUCCGGUCGUGGAAACGGGCCUCAAAACAGCCGGAACGGUGUACCAAAAAGUGAAGACCAGCAACGGGCUGUUCAACUGGGGCUUCGAAACUGCCGAGACGGUUACGUACGCUCUGGUGGAUUCACUGCGACCGGCAGCUAAGCUGAUCGAGGGACCACUUCACCAGCUGGACAGCUUUAUGUGCAAAAGUUUGGACUUUGUGGAGCAGAAAGUGCCCUCAAUGUAUCUGCCGCCGGAGAUGCUCAACAAAAUUAACAAAGGAUUAUCCUCACCUCUCGAACCUUGCUCAAAAGCCGUGUUGAUGACUCGUCACAGCACUUACAUUUCUGCUUCAAUAGCGCUGAGGACAACCUCUCGGUCACAAAAACUUAUGUACUGGAACACCAAGGAAUACAUGUCGGAUCACCUGGUGAAGCCGGUGCUGAGUCGAGCAAACUCUAUGAAGAACCUCAGCCACGCUGUGCUGGAUUCGCGCGUUUCGAACUAUGCCGCCGAUCGGCUGGACGGAGCUCUCAACGUUUGCGACAAGUACGUCGAACGGUUCCUGCCCGCGGAGGAUCAACCCGAUGCUGCCGCCGUUCCCCAGCCGGAACCGGACGAGGCUGGCGUGAUGCACGUGUUCCAGACGAUCCACCGGGGUCAGAGAAUUUCUCGAAAGCUUCGCCGUCGGCUUACUUUCCGCACUCGGCAGGAGUUGAGCGCGCUGAAGAAGCAGAGUACCGAAGCGGUCCACGUGGUCUUUUACGCUGCGGAAUUGAUUGCCACCAAUCCCCGGCUAGCGAUGCAAAAGACCGUCGAACUGUGGCAGUACCUGAGUGCAGAUGAACCGGAAAAUCAAGCUAGACCUAACACGUUCGAACAGCUGGCAGUGUUGCUGGCCCGUGAAUCCGUCAGGAAGGUCGUCCACAUGAUCAACUUUACAGCCAGUACAGUCACAAAGAUCCCUCAAACGGUUCGUGCCCAAACACGUGAGCUUGUGCAUCACUUGCUGUUUGCCACCGAUCGAUUGAUUAAGGCCAUCCACUUGGAAAAAGCGAAAAACGUAACAGUUUCGGAAGCAACCGGCUUGAUGCACAAACUACAAAACACCUACGACGAGCUGCAGAACCAAACCAACCUGGCCCUGCACGGUCAAUUGUCGCUAGCCAAAAUUGAAACACAUCACGAUUUCGUCCAUUGGAUGCUUUUGAAAUUGGAACGUUUAGCAGUUUUUCUGUCCGGCCGCCUGGAAGCCGAGAAGAUCACCACCAGCAGCGACAACCCCCGGCGACGGAUCCAGAACCGAACAAACAAUAAUCCACUCAAUAAUAGCAUCAAUGGCGUUUAUUAGCGUGCGCACGGCCGAGCUGCUCCAGCAGAGCCUGAGCGAAGCCCGGUGGGUGCGGCUCAACGGGAACGAGCCCAGAUAAUUUGUGGCUUAAGUGCACUGAAUGAUUUACAAUAAAGUUAUUUUAUCUCUGUA